AUGGCGAGGUGCCAUGUUCUCUUGACAGGAGGCAACGGCUUUAUAGCGUUCUAUAUUGGGAAGGCACUUUUAGAGAGCAAAUUCUUGGUGACGGUGACGGUUCUUCGCUCGAGACCCUUUCGAUACGUUAUCCACGCAGCUACCCCCUACCACUUCGAUAUAGUCGAUCCGGUGGCCGAUUUCAUUGACCCAGCUGUGAAGGGAACGCUGGGCAUUCUUCAGUCCGUCAUCGAUGUUUGCCCGAGUGUCAGGAGGUUUGUACUUCUCUCAUCGUCUGCGACUAUCUUGAACCCUUCCCGGCACUCCAAAGUCUACGACGAAACAGUCUUCGGAACCACAACGCCCGAGGAAGCAGUCUCUCCCAAGCUAUGUUAUCGUGCAGCGAAGAUCUAUGCGGAGCGCGCGGCGUUCGACUUUGUUGAAAAACACAAGCCUGCCUUCGAUCUCGUGGUCCUCAAUCCGCCUUUGGUAUUCGGGCCUGCCGCACCACACCUUGAUUCCCUUCAGAACCUGAACACCUCUAAUCAAAGAAUAAGAGAUAUGCUUCAGGGCAAGUUCCGAGACAUGCUUGCCCCGACAGGCCCGGUGUAUCUGUUCUGCGAUGUGCGAGACGUUGCCGCGGCGCAUGUGCGGGCGCUGAGUACGCCUGGAGCAGGUGGGCAGCGCUUUCUUGUGGUCAGUGGUUAUUUCUCCAACAAGCGUAUUGCAGAUCUUAUACGAAGGCUAUAUCCUGGAAUGGCAUCACAAAUGCCGCCGAUCGAUGUGGCAGACGACAUGCCUCACGACGUCUACGGGUUUGAUAAUACAAAGUCCUAUAAGAUCCUUGGGAUGGAGUAUAGGGAUCUGGAGACAUGCGUGGGAGAUUCUGUCCGCUCUUUUCUCGAAGUAGGACAAAGGACCAGUGCCGGGAGAAAUUCUUGA